GCUUUGCUGCUAACUGUAGAAAAACAACUUUAUAACUUUAUUCUUUAUUUUAUUUUUAUUCUGCUUCAGUCUGCGGACAAAAUAUCCGCCGCUGCUUCUUCGGCUGUUGUUCGGCUGCUCGGCGCCGCUCGGUGAUUUCCGGAGAGACGAACUUGUUGCUAAAGUAGCCGCUAACUGGUUAGCUCGCUAGCUCCGUUAGCCGCUCAGCUAGCUGCUCAGCCCGGGCUGGGAGCUCGGAGCCCGGGGAAGGGCUGCAGCUCUGCCCGCCUCUAGCUCCGCUGAGGAUGGGAACCAGAACCGGACCCAACUCCGAGCCGGACGGAGGCUCCGACCCGGAGUCCGAUUCCGGGUCGGACGAGGACGCUUCGGGAUCCUGCGGGGACAGAAGAGGCGUGAAGCGGGAGAGGAGCGAGAGGGAAGUGGUCAGCACCGGGCUGCAGGGAGCCAGACCCGGGAAGAAGACCCGGGGCAGAGUGAAGAUCAAGAUGGAGUUCAUCGAUAAUAAGCUGCGGAGGUACACAACGUUCAGCAAGAGGAAGACCGGCAUCAUGAAGAAGGCCUACGAGCUGUCCACCCUCACAGGUACGCAGGUGCUGCUGCUGGUGGCCAGUGAGACGGGACACGUCUACACCUUCGCUACCAGGAAGCUGCAGCCGAUGAUCACAUCAGAAACCGGAAAGGCUCUGAUCCAAACCUGCCUCAACUCCCCCGACUCGCCCCCCCGCUCUGACUCCUGCUCCGACCAGAGGAUGAGCGCCACCGGCUUCGAGGAGACAGACCUCACCUACCAGGUGUCUGAGGCGGAGGGGGGGGGCGAGGGCGGCAAGGAUUUGAUCAAACCAGCUUUCACCAGCAGCACGCAGGCCUCCUCCUCCUCCUCUUCCUCCUCCCUGCAGGUGAGCUCCUCCUCCUGGCAGCCGUCCUCCGUGUCGUCCAAUGGGACGCUGUUGAAGACGUCAGCUGGUGUCGUACUUCCUGGAGGCUUCACCUUAAUGUCAGGUGCGUCUCUGCCUCCCGGCACUCACACCAUCCCCCUCAGCCAGCUGCAGGGCCCCGUGGCCCCGGGCCCCCCCACCACCCUGCACGCCCCCCCCUCACAGCCAACCACACUGCUCCGUCUCCCGGCAACCGUGUCACUGUCAGGGGGCGGAGUCUCUCAGCAGCUGCAGACCAUCCAGGUUCAGGCCAGCAGUCAGACAUCCACCAAUCAGAGCAGCUCAGACAUUCACAGCCCCGCCCCCACAGCCGCUCUUCCUGCUUCCUCCUCCUCAGUGGCUGGUCACAUGAUGUACCCCGGCGGUCACACCGUCAUGUACGCCACGCCCACGUCGUCGCUAGGCGACGGAAGCCUUGUCCUCAACACCUUCUCAUCCACGGGCCACGCCCACUCACAUGACCCAGCUUCAGUCUCGCAGGUCUUCCUCACAUCACUUCCUCCAGUUGCUGCUCAGAUCCCAGUUUCUGCCGUCCAGCUGCACCCGAUGGUCAUCAGUCAGCAGAGCAGCAGCAGUAAUCUGGCAGAGCUGCAGGUCGUCAGUCUGGACGUCCACCAAGCAAAAGAUGACUGAAGGUCACAUGAUGCCACGAUGUUCACGAUGUUCACGAUGUUCACGAUGUUCACGAUGUUCACGAUGUUCACGAUUCGCUGGUUACCAAAAACAAAGUGCCAAAACCGUGAAGUGGCUCAUUAAAGGAUGGUGUGAACUUCACGCCUCCCUGACUCAGACCGAUCAAUUAACCAGGAAACAGCAAAGGGAUUUUACUUGGUGCAGUAAUGAUAUAUAAGGUCUGUGGUGUGUUUAGGGACACUCGCUCAUUUGAGACUUGCUGGUCAUAAAGAGACAAACCUGCACUCAGAGAAGAAGAACUGAUGAUGAUAAUGAAGGAGGAAUAUGACCUUAACCAGACCCAGCGAAGCUGUCAUUUACAGACUGACCCUGAACUAAGCAAAGCUGUCAUUUACAGACUGACCCUGAACUGAGCGAAGCUGUCAUUUACAGACUGACCCUGAACUAAGCGAAGCUGUCAUUUACAGACUGACCCUGAACUGAGCGAAGCUGUCGUUUACAGACUGACCCUGAACUGAGCGAAGCUGUCUUUUACAGACUGGCCCUGAACUGAGCGAAGCUGUCUUUUACAGACUGACCCUGAACUGAGCGAAGCUGUCAUUUACAGACUGACCCUGAACUGAGCGAAGCUGUCAUUUACAGACUGACCCUGAACUAAGCGAAGCUGUCAUUUACAGACUGACCCUGAACUGAGCGAAGCUGUCGUUUACAGACUGACCCUGAACUAAGCGAAGCUGUUAUUUACAGACUGACCCUGAACUGAGCGAAGCUGUCAUUUACAGACUGACCCUGAACUAAGCGAAGCUGUCAUUUACAGACUGACCCUGAACUGAGCGAAGCUGUUAUUUACAGACUGGCCCUGAACUGAGUGAAGCUGUUAUUUACAGACUGACCCUGAACUAAGCGAAGCUGUCAUUUACAGACUGACCCUGAACUGAGCGAAGCUGUUAUUUACAGACUGGCCCUGAACUGAGCGAAGCUGUCGUUUACAGACUGACCCUGAACUGAGCGAAGCUGUUAUUUACAGACUGACCCUGAACUGAGCGAAGCUGUUAUUUACAGACUGGCCCUGAACUGAGCGAAGCUGUAAUUUACAGACUGACCCUGAACUGAGCGAAGCUGUAAUUUACAGACUGACCCUGAACUAAGCGAAGCUGUUAUUUACAGACUGACCCUGAACUAAGCGAAGCUGUUAUUUACAGACUGACCCUGAACUGAGUGAAGCUGUUAUUUACAGACUGACCCUGAACUAAGCGAAGCUGUUAUUUACAGACUGACCCUGAACUGAGUGAAGCUGUUAUUUACAGACUGACCCUGAACUAAGCGAAGCUGUCAUUUACAGACUGACCCUGAACUAAGCGAAGCUGUUAUUUACAGACUGACCCUGAACUGAGCGAAGCUGUAAUUUACAGACUGACCCUGAACUGAGCGAAGCUGUAAUUUACAGACUGACCCUGAACUGAGCGAAGCUGUAAUUUACAGACUGACCCUGAACUGAGCGAAGCUGUCAUUUACAGACUGACCCUGAACUGUUGUUGGACUCUCUGACUGACAGCUGCAGGUUGAACUUUGACCCCCAGCAUCAUGUUUCAUGUACAUAUAUUUCUAUAAUCAGUUAUUGUUUGUUAGUCUGAAAUCAAUAAAAUCACUU